AUGCAGCUCACGUCGGGCGCGCCGCUCCCGUACGCGCAGACGUCGGUGCCGAUCGUGUCGCCCGCGGCGGUGCCGUCGGCGCGCUCCCCUACGACGCGCGUCGCGGCGCGGCCGGCGGGCGCGGCGGCGGGCGAGAUCGACCCGUGGAAGUGCCCGUACUGCCCGUUCGUGCAGGCGAGCAGGCGCAAGCCGGACCUGCGCCGGCACGUCGCGACGCACACGGGGGGGUCGAUGCCGCCGCAAUGGCUCUGCGCGGGGGUGCCGCUGUCGCAGGCGGCGGAGAAGGGGCUCGACCCGAGGGAGAUGGAUGUGUACUCGCUCGACGGGCGGGAGAUGCUCGGGGGGUGCUUGAAGGCGUUCAGCCGGCGCGACGCGCUGCUGCGCCACUUGCGCGCGACGAACGGGCGGUGCGUUGGGGACCCGACGGGCAUCUGGCACGAGGGGAACAAGGACAGGGAUAUGAUGGGGUCGCGCGACGAGUAG